AAAAUUGGUCGAAAUCAAUUUUGCUAAAUUUCUCUACCCUUAUAGUGCACCGUUUUAAAUCGUUUGACUGCAUCACUAUGUGUAUAUUAAAUGCACCAACCACUUAUUUUCUUAUGGUAUCUCCCUAAAUCAAUUUGUUUGCAUCGAAAGCCCUCAUUUUAUUAGCAUUAGGUGACGCACGAACCCAUGUAUAGAUGUCUAUAUGUAUAAUAUUAUAUCGUCGAUUAAGUUUCACAUAUGUCGUGAACCAAGCCAAAAGACAGUUUCCAAAGGCUCUUUUUCUUGAUUUUAUUUUCCUUGCAAACUAAUUAAGUACGUGAUUAUGUAUACGACUAAGUGUUACGUGACACACGGGGUUGAUUUGGGUCCUUACUUAGUCGGCAGCUAAUGAUAUUUACAUAUCUUAUGAUUAUUAAAUACUUAAUGAGUUAAUUUCUAAUUUUUAAAUUCACAAAACUAAUCAUUUCUUCCUUUUCCAUAUUCCAUUCCCCCCAAAUGGAUACGGCCCAUACUUCUAUGCUUAACAUACCCUUUUCUCACUUUGUCAUAUCUCUCUAAACUCUAAUUGCUGAUUUCCUUCUGAUGACAAAAAAAAAUCAAAUACUACAAAACUCCAAAUGCUACUAGCCAAUAAAUAAAAGCACAAACGUCGACAUUAAUCAUUUUAUUAUAAAUUAAAUUCGAGACCCCCCGGUCCGCCCAUUCAGAUCUCUGUCUCUUUCUCUCUCUAUAUCUCUAUCUACCCACAAAGUAACCAAUCUUCUAAACACUAUAGUCUCUCUCUCUCUCUCUCUUUUUCAUCUUCUCCAUAAGCUUCUAAAGAUAAAAGCUUGUGACCCUUCUUCACUUAUAAAUUUUUGCUUAAGAAAGAAAACUCUUUUCUUCAUCUUCUAUAGCAUAAUAAAAUCAAAGGAUACGACCUUUUUUUACAUUGUUUCUUUUAAAACCCUAAUUUGUUUUCCAAGAAGAAUCAAAGAAAUAAAGGAGCCAUGAGCAGUACUUUCGAAGAAUCCCUCAAAUCUAUGUCGUUGGAUUACCUAAACCUCUUAAUCAACGGUCAAGCUUUCUCUGAUGUCACUUUCAGCGUCGAAGGCCGUUUAGUCCACGCUCACCGUUGCAUCCUCGCCGCUCGUAGCCUCUUCUUCCGCAAGUUCUUCUGCGAAUCUGAUCCUUCGCAAACCGGAGCUGAACAGGCUAACCAAACCGGAUCAGGAGCCAGAGCAGCUGCAGUGGGAGGAGUGAUACCGGUUAACUCGGUCGGUUACGAAGUUUUCUUACUUCUACUUCAGUUCUUAUACAGUGGUCAAGUCUCAAUUGUACCACAUAAGCACGAGCCAAGAUCGAAUUGUGGAGAUAGGGGAUGCUGGCACACGCAUUGCACUGCAGCCGUCGAUCUCUCUUUAGAUAUCUUAGCCGCCGCUCGAUAUUUUGGCGUCGAGCAGCUCGCGUUACUUACGCAGAAACAUUUGACAAGUAUGGUGGAGAAAGCCUCCGUUGAAGAUGUGAUGAAAGUGCUGAUAGCUUCAAGAAAGCAAGACAUGCAUCAAUUAUGGACCACUUGCUCUUACCUAAUCGCCAAAUCCGGUCUUCCACAAGAGAUUCUAGCCAAACAUCUCCCAAUCGAACUUGUAGCCAAGGUUGAGGAGCUCCGUCUCAAAUCUUCAAUGCCUCUUCGUUCCCUAAUGCCUCACCACCAUGACCUAACCUCGUCUUUAGACCUCGAGGACCAGAAGAUCAGGAGGAUGAGACGUGCAUUGGAUUCCUCCGAUGUCGAGCUUGUGAAGCUAAUGGUGAUGGGAGAAGGACUCAAUCUAGAUGAGUCCCUAGCUUUGAUUUACGCCGUUGAGAAUUGUAGUAGAGAGGUUGUGAAGGCACUUCUUGAGCUUGGAGCAGCCGAUGUGAACUAUCCCGCCGGUCCCACAGGGAAAACCGCUCUUCACAUUGCGGCUGAAAUGGUCUCUCCGGACAUGGUGGCUGUCUUACUUGACCACCACGCUGACCCAAACGUGCAGACUGUGGAUGGAAUCACUCCUCUCGACAUCCUUAGAACCCUAACGUCGGAUUUUUUGUUCAAGGGGGCGAUUCCUGGAUUGACUCAUAUUGAGCCCAAUAAGCUCAGGCUUUGUCUCGAGCUGGUCCAGUCCGCGGCAUUGGUUAUAUCACGCGAAGAAGGAAACAAUACCAGUAACGACAACAACGCAAUGAUCUACCCUAGAAUGAAAGACGAACACACGAGCGGAAGUAGUUUGGAUUCAAGAUUGGUUUAUCUGAAUCUUGGGGCUACAAAUCGGGAUCUUGGGGAUGAAAAUAGCAAUCAAAGGGAAGGAAUGAAUCUGCAUCAUCAUCAUCAUGACCCAUCAACGAUGUAUCAUCAUCACCACCACCACCAUUUCUAGGUCUUUGUAGUCCAUAUCAUCCCUUUUUGAUAACCAUCAUCCUUUAAUUAAGAUAAACAUAUUCAAUAACUAAUUAAUUUGUUGUUAUGAUCUUUUUUUCUUUAUAUAUGGCAAUGCGAACAAAUUUAAACGUUAAUGACAUGGAGAGUGGAAGGAGAACACAAA